GCUGAUUUCGAUCCUAAGAUGAUGGCUGAGUCUUGUUAACGCCAAAGCGAAGCACCAAAGAGGCCUUGUGCGCCACCUUCAAGGCUGAGUUGGCUGAGAAAGCGAGCCGCUGCAUUCAGAAGGUCAAUUAUCACUUUCUCUUGCUUAUUAUGGAUGAACAAGGUCCCUCGACAGCGUCUCGUAAGGAUGAAUCCACAACUCCACCUGUCAGGUCUCCUUGUGAGGAUGAAGAUGGUCGUUUUUCAAAGCAAUUAAUCACCGUCGGCAUCGUCGAAGCUCUAGAGGACAAGGAAGCUGUUCAGGAAUCCGAUGAUGUUGAAGAUGCGCCAGAUUUGCCACUGGGCCACUUUGACUGGAACGACGUGGAGACGCGAUUCCAAGAGAUGCUUCAAGAAAGGAACGUUGAAGAGCUUCAGCUCUGGAGAGAAUUUCAUGAGUUGACCAGCUUCUUCCAGAUUUGGGCCAGCUCAAGCCAAACACAUGAGACAGAGAGAGCAACAAAGCGUCUCGCAACAAGAAUGCUUCACGUUCAAAAUUCUGAAGAACUAGUCGAACAGAAACGACAACACUAUAUCAAAGUAGUCGAAGCAUUCAAGAGUGCGCUCGAACUACUAAAUGCAAGAUGAGUCUGUUUCUGUUGCGAACGAUACGAUACGAAUAUUUAAGGCAUCCCCUCGCAUUAUUUCUUGAGACAGCGAUAUGGGCUUUUGUUCCUCCGUCGCCGCGACUCAGAAUUGCUUCGAUUAGCAAGCCAGCAAAAUUCUGCUCUUUCGAAUCGAGGUCUGUUGUUUGGCGCUGUGCAAUACGGCCUUGCUCGUAACGCGAAUGAUCGUCACGACCAUUGUUUUGCUUCGAGGUCUAUCAGAAUAGAUGAAAGUUAUCCGACGUGACGCUGCAUCAUGUAUCCGUUGGAAUUUCUGAUAAAAAGAAGCGAAACCGUCAUGCGGCUCUGUUAUCUAUGAGAUUCAUGUCGUGCGGAGGAAGGAUCGUAUUUUUUUGGCACAAGGUAUUAGAUGGCCGCCACAGGGAUUUUGGCGACAAAUAUUCGUCAAGUGUAUUUGUUUAAGUAUUGCUGGAAGUUCCAGAGAUGGCCAAAGCAUACUUGAAGUACAGCUUAAGUCCAUUCAGCUAUGAACUUGACUUCAGCGAGGUCCACUCUGACGGCUAGCGAAGGAUUGGUCUGAUUUACUAUGCAGCGUAAUGAAGGCAUGUAAGCAAUGGCGAAGCUUUUCCUGACGUACUUGAAAUACCGCGAGUUCAUGAGCAGCCAAUACCUUUUUUAGACUAUCCAACGGCGAGACAUAAGGCUGCUGCUAGUGCAGCUGCGCUAGAAUGGCUAACAAAGCUUUUGUCAAUAAUCAUGAUCUCUUCAGAAAUUCAUGGCGAAGAGUUGACUACGAGCGACAAAUUCAUGUUUGAUCUGAUGUCU